AACCAGCCGCCGGAGUCGGAGCGGCGACCGUGUGUGGAGUGGGGAAAAAGCCGCUGGAGGAGGCCGGUCCGGUCAGUCCCAUCUGGCUCCGGCUCCGGCUCCCGGGCGCAGCGACAGCCGCGGUCGCCGUCUCCGCCACCGCCUCCGCCUCCAUCGUCGUCAGGGGAGGGGCCGGCCGGACCCCGGGGUCACAGCAGAGGAAUGAGGAGAGGCGGCCGGGCCCCGCGCUCCGCCCCGGCCUAGGGCCUCGCCCCGGGAGCCGCGAGGGGAGAAGGAAAAGCAGAGACCUGUCACCCUGAAAACUUGGCCUGGUGCUAUGUCAUUGUGAAGAAUUGCCUAUAUUGCUUUGACCAACUGUAUGGUGGCAAGAAAGUGUAACAGGAUUUGUCACAUGUUUGACCUGCGAGGCUUACAGUGCAUUCUACUGGAAGCAUCUUUCUACAGAGGAAACAACUUAUCUCGGAUUGUUGCUGGGACUACUAACUUCAGAGGAAUGUGGAUUGGUGCCAGGCUGUCAGUCAGGGACACAGUUUCUGCCAAAGUCAAGUCUGAAAGAAGAGAUCUUUUUCAGGUGGAGGCUUGAAUUUUGAUCUAUGACCUCCCUACAUCCAUUGCCUGAAAGUACUUAAUGAUCACAUGACCCUGGACAUGGAUGCUGUCCUGUCAGAUUUUGUUCGUUCCACAGGAGCCGAGCCAGGGCUGGCCCGAGAUCUCCUGGAAGGAAAGAAUUGGGAUGUAAGUGCCGCCCUCAGUGAUUUUGAACAGUUACGUCAGGUCCAUGCUGGGAUCCUGCCCCAAUCCUUUAGUGAAGGGAGUGGUGCCUCCAGGAACCCUGAGAAAGGGUUUUCUGAUAGAGAGUGUACUCGCCCUCCCCGACCUACGCUACAGCGGCAGGAUGACAUCGUUCAAGAAAAACGCCUGUCUAGGGGCAUCUCCCACGCCAGCUCCAGCAUUGUUUCCCUGGCCCGGUCCCAUGUCUCCAAUGGUGGGGGUGGGGGGAGCAGUGAGCACCCCCUGGAAAUGCCCAUCUGUGCCUUCCAGCUUCCAGAUCUCACUGUGUACAAUGAAGACUUCCGCAGCUUCAUAGAGAGAGACCUCAUUGAACAGUCCAUGCUGGUUGCCUUGGAGCAGGCAGGGCGUUUGAACUGGUGGGUGAGUGUAGACCCCACCUGUCAGAGGCUGCUUCCUUUGGCAACUACUGGAGAUGGAAACUGCCUUCUACAUGCAGCCUCUCUUGGGAUGUGGGGUUUCCACGAUCGGGACUUGAUGCUGCGGAAAGCUUUGUAUGCACUGAUGGAAAAGGGAGCUGAGAAGGAAGCAUUGAAACGACGCUGGAGGUGGCAGCAAACACAGCAGAAUAAAGAGUCAGGGCUGGUAUACACAGAGGAUGAAUGGCAGAAGGAAUGGAAUGAGCUGAUCAAGCUUGCCUCAAGUGAACCCCGGAUGCAUCUAGGUACAAAUGGAGCCAACUGUAGUGGGGUGGAGAGUUCAGAGGAGCCUGUAUAUGAGAGUCUAGAAGAAUUCCAUGUCUUUGUCCUUGCCCAUGUGCUUAGGAGGCCCAUAGUCGUCGUGGCAGACACCAUGCUGAGGGACUCUGGCGGAGAAGCAUUUGCCCCUAUUCCCUUUGGGGGAAUCUAUCUGCCCUUGGAGGUCCCCGCCAGCCAAUGUCACCGCUCCCCUCUGGUGCUCGCCUACGAUCAGGCCCACUUUUCUGCACUUGUGUCCAUGGAGCAGAAGGAGAAUGGCAAGGAACAAGCUGUGAUCCCACUUACAGAUUCAGAGCAUAAGCUGCUGCCCUUGCACUUUGCUGUGGACCCUGGAAAGAGCUGGGAGUGGGGCAAAGAUGACAGUGACAAUGUCCGAUUGGCCAGUGUAAUCUUGUCCCUGGAGGUCAAAUUGCAUCUGCUGCAUAGCUACAUGAAUGUGAAGUGGAUCCCAGUGUCCUCUGAUGCGCAGGCUCCCCUGGCCCAGCCUGAGUCCCCCACUGCCUCAGCAGGAGAUGAGCCCCGGUCCACUCCUGAGUCUGGUGAAUCAGACAAGGAGUCAGUUGGCAGCAGUUCCACCAGCAACGAGGGCAGCAAGCGGAAAGAAAAAUCAAAACGAGAUCGGGAGAAGGACAAGAAGAGGGCAGAUUCUGUGGCUAACAAACUGGGCAGCUUUGGCAAAACCUUGGGCAGCAAGCUCAAGAAGAACAUGGGAGGCUUGAUGCACAGCAAGGGUUCUAAGCCUGGAGGGAUGGGAACAGGGUCAGGAGUGAGCAGUGGCACCGAGACACUGGAGAAGAAGAAGAAAAACUCGCUGAAGAGCUGGAAGGGUGGCAAAGAGGAGGCAGCUGGGGAUGGGCCUGUGUCUGAGAAGCCUACAUCUGAGUCUGUGGGUAAUGGAGGGAGCAAGUAUAGCCAGGAGGUGAUGCAAAGCCUGAGCAUCAUGAGGACUGCAAUGCAAGGGGAGGGGAAGUUUAUUUUUGUUGGAACCCUGAAGAUGGGUCACCGUCACCAGUAUCAGGAGGAGAUGAUCCAGCGCUACCUUUCUGAUGCUGAGGAGAGAUUCCUGGCAGAGCAGAAGCAGAAGGAGUCAGAGAGGAAGAUCAUGAAUGGAGGGGUAGGAAGUGGGCCUCCUCCAGCCAAAAAGCCAGAGCCAGAUGGUGGGGAGGAGCUGCUGACUGCCCCCCAAACAGAGUCCAAGGCCAUGGCAUUUUCUACUGGCUACCCUGGGGGCUUUACCAUCCCUCGGCCUUCUGGGGGUGGAGUUCACUGCCAGGAACCCCGGAGGCAGUUGGCAGGGGGUCCGUGUGGGGGUGGCCUACCACCAUAUGCCACCUUCCCUAGACAGUGCCCUCCUGGGCGACCCUACCCCCAUCAGGACAGCAGCCUUUCUCUGGAGCCAGGCAGUCACUCCCAGGAUGGAGUUCAUAGGGGUACAUUGUUACCACCCCACUUCCGUGUGGCUGAUUCCUAUAGCAACGGCUACCAAGAGCCCCCUGAGCCAGAUGGAUGGGCUGGAGGGCCCAGGGGGCUUCCCACAACCCAGACCAAAUGCAAACAACCGAACUGCAGCUUCUAUGGACACCCUGAGACAAACAACUUCUGCUCCUGCUGUUACAGGGAAGAACUGAGGAGGAAGGAACGGGAACCGGGUGGGGAGCUGCUCGUGCACAGGUUCUGAAUGAAGGGACCUUGGAGGGCAAGGGGGUAAACCAAGAAAGUUAAGCUCAACUAAUUGGCUCAUCAAGACCCAGCCCCAUACUGAUGGGGCAAAUGCAGUAAUGUUUGUGGGAGCCUGGCUAGAAACUUUUAAGUGUGUGGGUGCUGGAGAGUUGCCAGGCUGGCAAGAGCAGGUCAGGGCUGGACGGUGCCUCAAGAGCUGCACUAGUCCUUUGCAGAUCUUAACUUGAUGGGACUGAGGAGGUACAAAGGAGAAAGAUGGUGAUUCUGUCUCAUAACCCCUUGGGUCCAUGAAAGCAGUAGGGGCAGGUUUGGUAUGUGCGGAUGGGGAGAUGGUUAGCCAUCUGGGAAAGAAGGCAAAGGUGGUUCUCAGUCAAUAAAAGAAAAAAAACAGACCAAAGUUCUUUUAGGUUGAAAAAAAGUGCAUGGUGGUGGAGUUGGGAGUGUGGAAAUUAAGACAAAUUGGCCAUUGAUUUGAAUUAAGAUGGAAAUUAGGGUUGGAUAAAUUCUUCCUCCUGAAGAAUCUGGAAAGACAGGGCAGUAAUGUAUGCUCAUAGAUGCCUAUUAGGAGGGAGGUAGUUUAAAUGGGUUUGUUGAGAUGGAGAAGGAACGAACUUAAAAGGGGAAGCCUUUUCCUCUUUAAGUUUUAUUUCCCUCUAAACACCAUCUGUCAUCUGUUCUAGUUUGAGGAGAUUGUUGAUUGCCCCCUAUCUUUUCCUCAUCCUUUUUGAGGGCUGAACUCAGCUAAAUUAAGGUUGUGAUCUUUUUAAAAAAGACUUUAAUUUUAUUUUUUUUAAAAGUUCCCUCUGGGGAAGGGAAGAGAGUGAUGAGAAGAGCAGCUGUGUGUGUUGAAUUUUCUCCAGGUGAACUGGUACAGAGGUGAUCUUUUUUUAACUACUUAGCAAUAACUAUAUAUUGGGGUUUGAGUGUGCCUUGGGAGGGGUGGGAGAAGGAUAGACCUUUGGCCAGACUGUUUCAAACAAAACCAAAAACCUAAAUAGAGCACUACCAUCCUCUGCUGCUGCAUUUCUGUAGAAAGCAACUUAUUUUUCUUUUUUUUAAGGAAAAGAAACAAAAGACCCCAGCAAGCAAAAACAUUUUUAAAAACAAAUUUUUUCCUAUUUAAGUGAUUCUUUCUCCUUCCUCUCUGUUUUUGGAGAAUGAACUUAACAUCCCGGCUUCUUUUGUUAAGCCAUAGCUGACCUUAAUCUGUGGUUAGUUUAUUAAAAUAAAAUACUUUGUAAGAAGAGAUAUUUUUUAUAAUUGGACUGAAGUUGAAACGUGGGGUAUAGGCUGGAGCAAUUUAUAAAAAGUUAGAGAAAUCUAUUUUAGUGAACUGUAACCACAGAUCACAGAUUACUCCCAAUGAGAUGAUCUGUCUUUGGAGUUCCUCCUUUCCCUGACCCUACCCUUUUCCCCAGGGGGUGGGAGUGGGCCUGUGGACACAGUGUGGAGGAGCUCCUUUGCAUUUUGCACAAAGCACAAGUCUGGACAGCCUACGCUCUGGCCAGCACCAUUUUUAAGAGCUUUAAACCAGAGGACCUAACCUAGGCCAAUUUUCCUUUUACUUUUCUUUUUCUGGGAAAACUUCAACUAUGCAAUUGUAUACACUCCUGGGUACAUACAAAGAAGGGGAAUAAGUGUACUUAAGUGUCCAGGUGUUAACUGGGGCUAUUUUUCUGUAUUUGGAUUUCUCUUUGGAAGUAUGUACUCAUAACCCACCCCAUGGAAUGUGAUCCCCACGUUUGCUCUGAGGCAGACACGGCCUGCGUGUGUGUAAGGGGGGGCGGAUGGCGGGGGUUGGCAGGGGCCCCUCGUGUUUGCCAUAUGUUGUUUCUACCCAAUCAGGAAAGUUGUCUUGCUGUUUCCCCCUUGGUAACAAAAACACCAAGACUGUCCUCUUUAUUGGAACUGCUCACAUUUUAGAAAGAUUUCUUCCUCAAACUUGAAAGUCACUUAUUUCCCAAAUCUGAUACUGUUGAUUUCACCAUUUCCUAUGGCUAUGAAUUCUCAAGUUUUUAUUUGAAAAUAGACCUGUUUUAAGGAAGCAAUGAAGUCCAAGGAGUUAGAUUCCAAAGAGGGUAUGUAUACCAGUAUAUUCAGGGCAGGGCUGGGAAUAGUAUGAGACAAGCACUCAUCUCAGGCACAAAACUGAAGAGGGUACUGAAAAACUCAAUAAUCAAGAUAAUGUUUUAAUGCAGCAUUUUUAAAAAAUCAAUGCGAAAAAAUCCAUAAUGAACAAAAUGUCAAUCUUAAAGACCGGAUUCAACAGGACUGGGAUCAAGAGUGAGGGAAAUAAGACUGAAAUGAGCAAGUAUAGGGUUGAAUCCUGUCUUUCUUUAAAACUGAUAAUUUGUUCAUUGUGGUGGUGUUUUUUUACAUUAGUUUUGAUUUCCAAAAAAUACUGCAUUAAAAUAGUAUCUUGGUUACUGGGUUUUGGGGCACCACUUAAAUUUUGUGCCCCAAAUGAGUGCCUUGCUCACCUCACCCUGUUUCUGGAGUUAGAACAAUACUAGUGAGACUGCCACCUCAUGGGCUUCCAUUCCCUAACAUGCACCCGAACAACAGGUGGCUCAAACUCACACCUUGAAUUUGCACAACUCACUUAGCUUUCUCAUAGGCGUCCAUCUAUAUCAGCGGUUCUCAACCUGUGGGUCGCCUAAGACCAUCCUGCAUAUCAGAUAUUUACAUUACGAUUCAUAACAGUAGCAACAUUACAGUUAUGAAGUAGCAAUGAAAAUAAUUUUAUGGUUGGGUCACAUGAGGAACUGUAUUUAAAGGGCCAGAAGGUUGAGAACCACUGAUCUAUAUCAUAGGAUUCUGGCCUAGACCAAUAGGAGUGGAAACAGACCAGAGAUUUCCCUAGAGAAUAAAACCAGGAAAGUUUUGAUUCUCCACUGGACUGCUGUGUUUGGAUUUGUUCUGUUACUAGUUCUAGGUAAUACUUUUUGUUUUUAAAAACAGAGGACAAAUGAACAAAAAUGGAAACCUUAUGUCGUUUGUUUUUCUUUUGAUUUAUAAAUUAACCAAUACCAAUUUCUUCUGACUUCUUUUCAAUAAAAAUUAUGGAAAUUCGGGGGGGGGGGGCUAGGGGUCAGUUUGGUAAAAUAGGGCUUUAUGUAGGCCUUAUAGCUUUUUUGUUGUUAAUCCUCACCUGAGUAUAUUUUUUCAGUUGAUUUUUAGAGAGAGUGGAAAUAUCGAUGUUUUGAGAGACACAUCAAUUGGUUGCCUCCUGCCACAGGAUCGUACCUGCAACCCAGGUACAUGUGCUAGACCAGGAAUCAGGAAUCGAACCUGAGACCCUUCCGAGAGCAGGCCAGCACUCUAACCAAUGAGCAACACUGGCCAGGGCAGCCCUAUAGUUUUUUUUAUUAAGAAAUAUUUUUCUUAAUUUGGGUAGGUAAUUAUUUAUUGAAGCAUUAAAUAAACCUCUCCGUUCUAAGGAUGAGGGACCCUGAGUCAAUGGAUGUUUUUCUAUAGGGAUGAGUAGGGUUUGUUUUGCUUUAUUCUUUGAGGGAAUUGUGUGGGGUGGGAGAGUGAGGGAAUAAUGCCUAGGAAAUGAACUUGGGUUGGUUUAUGGUAUUUUGGGAAGAUGAGGGGGUGGAAGAGGCAAGCCCAUGCAAUUACUGUUUUGGGAGAAGGGAAGAGAGUGGUACAUGAUGUGCACUCAAACUGAGCAAAAAUUCCUUAGUUAAGGAGAGGUCUGUGGGUGAAGGGGGUAAGCAGACCCCUAUAUAACCCUAGCUGAGGGAUGCUGUCCCUCAUUCUUAAAUAAGUGCACUUAGUUCCUUUAAUUCAGGGUGUUGGGGUACCUAUUGAAGUUUUUUAUUGGAAAGGGGAGAUUUUCCCCUUUUGAUUUAAGAUAGUGCUACCCCUCCACCCUAAUACACUCCAGCCCUGAUGGAACAAGUAUACCAUAAGAUAAGCCUCCAAAAUCUUCUCAAUCUAUGCUGGUUUUACUGAGGGUUACAAGAUUUAACCAAAAGUUUUCCCCACAUACUGGAUUCUAUCAAAAUGAAAAGAUUAUAUAUAAAAAUAUAAAUUUUAAGAAAUUCAAUCUCACUCUGGAGUGGGGAUGGUGUUAAACAGUGCUGUACAGGCCUGGGGAGAAGCACCCUCCCUCUUGCAAUUUCUUCUCAGGCAAAACUACAGCUCACAGACCAAUAAAACAAAAAUUAGCAAUGACUUUGUAUUGUAUAUUUGGGAGGGGAUACUGAGCCAAAAAGAAUGGGGCUGGUUCUGAAUGACUUGAGAACCUAGCUUUUCCCAUUCUUAUUCCUUUCUAAACAGCCACUUGUCCGAGGUUCUGGUCACAUUUUUUUCUUUACCAAUAAAGGAGCUUCAGAAAUGAUUGUCCCUGAGUUACUUGGACACCUUGGACUCUGUCCUCUUCUUUCUUCAAGAGUCAGUGCCCCAGACACAUAGCCACAGGUGAGAAGACAGAAUUAGAAGCCCCUUCCUGGCCUGGAAUCAUCUGCACCGUAGAUUUUUCUAGUUUCUUUUUCCCUCCAGGCCCUUUAACUGUAGAUUCAGUGAGUCAUACAAGCACUCUGUCUCACUUUGUAGAUACCCAGUCUACAAAUCACAGGGUGUUUUGCUCCAUGUACUUAGUUAAUUAACAAAAUAUGAAGUCUCCUGUGUAGACACUCCAUGGCACAUUCCUCCACCUGGUGAGUAAGGGGCUUUAGAAGAGAGGGAAGCUGCCUGAGAGUAGCAGAACUGACUGAAGUGGGGGUGGGAAGGACUAAGGCCUCUUUCUGUGUUUAUAACUGGAUCUGUGACUCAUCUUAUGAGUCACUCAGCUCCUCCUUCAGCUGCCCCUCCUGGCAGCCUUCAUUCGUAGCACAAACCUACAACCAGAUCAGGAUUCUGAAAAUGGAAAAAUCUGAUAGUUCCACCCUUCCUUUCGUCCACUGAGCCUCCACUGGGAGUGUGUGGGGUGGUGAGAGGUGGUUCUGCUGUUAAUUACCCCUCAUCUGCUGCCCUCAUUGCAUUCCUGGUUGGGGACUAAUCCAAGUCACCUUUCCCCCAAUCUCCUGAUAUUUUUCUCUGUAUUCCUCUGCUGUUCCUUACCUCAAAGUAUUAAAGAAUAGAAUGAGGCUCUUGAAUGAAGGGUGGUGGGAGAAGGAAAGUGGAUAAUAUUUUAAAAUUGUGGUACACACCUCUUAUUGCAACAGACCUUGGGAAGUAUUUUCUUCCCCUGAGAUUGAAACCCAUGGAAUGCAGGUGGGGGUGGGGAUGCUUAGUAGCUUUGAGGACCUUGAGAAUCAGGUAUUCCUCUUUGUUCCAGAUUGACACCCUCCCUGUCUCACAAUAUGUAUUUUCACCCUCCAUAGUUGCAGCCAGACAGGGAACUUGAGGCCGGAAGGGUGUGUGUGCUGGGGGUUGGAGAGAAUAAAGUGACACUGGGCCCCCGCCUAUGGAUUGCUGCCUCUGUACAGACUCAAAAUCAAUAAAACAGCAGCUCAUUAACUCUU